AGCUGCAAGCCCAGAAUGCCCGCGUCGGCGCGAGCUGAGAUGUGUGGGAUGGACGGUGCAGUGCUGUCAGCGUUUCUGUCUUUCCAGGUCAUGAUGGCUUUGUCCAAUCACCUGAACGCUGUUGAGUCCGAGAAGCAGAAACUGCGUGCACAGGUUCGUCGGCUCUGCCAGGAGAACCAGUGGCUGCGGGACGAACUCGCCAAUACGCAACAGAAAUUACAGAAGAGUGAGCAGUCUGUGGCUCAACUGGAGGAGGAAAAGAAGCAUCUGGAAUUCAUGAAUCAGUUAAAAAAAUACGAUGAUGACAUCUCUCCAUCCGAGGACAAAGACACCGAUUCCACCAAAGAGCCUCUGGAUGACCUUUUCCCGAAUGACGAUGAUGAUCCCGGUCAAGGAAUCCAGCAGCAGCACAGCAGUGCGGCGGCGGCCGCGCAGCAGGGCGGCUACGAGAUCCCAGCGCGGCUGCGCACCCUCCACAACCUGGUCAUCCAGUACGCCUCUCAGGGCCGCUACGAGGUGGCCGUGCCGCUCUGCAAGCAGGCCCUGGAGGACCUGGAGAAGACUUCCGGCCACGACCACCCAGACGUGGCCACCAUGCUGAACAUCCUGGCUCUGGUGUACAGAGACCAGAAUAAAUACAAAGAUGCCGCUAAUCUACUGAACGAUGCCUUGGCCAUCCGUGAGAAAACUUUGGGCAAAGAUCAUCCCGCGGUGGCAGCAACUCUGAAUAACCUCGCAGUUCUUUAUGGCAAAAGAGGGAAGUACAAAGAGGCCGAACCGCUGUGUAAAAGAGCUCUGGAGAUCAGAGAAAAGGUUUUGGGAAAGGAUCACCCCGACGUUGCCAAGCAGUUAAAUAACUUGGCCUUACUGUGCCAGAAUCAGGGCAAGUACGAGGAAGUAGAAUAUUAUUAUCAAAGAGCCCUCGAGAUCUACCAAACAAAACUGGGGCCCGAUGACCCCAAUGUGGCCAAAACGAAAAAUAACCUGGCAUCCUGCUAUCUGAAGCAAGGAAAAUUCAAGCAAGCAGAAACACUGUACAAAGAGAUUCUCACUCGUGCACACGAAAGGGAGUUUGGUUCUGUAGAUGAUGAAAAUAAACCCAUUUGGAUGCAUGCUGAAGAAAGAGAAGAAUGCAAAGGAAAGCAAAAGGACGGGACAUCUUUUGGAGAGUAUGGCGGUUGGUACAAAGCCUGCAAAGUUGAUAGUCCGACUGUUACAACUACUUUGAAAAACCUUGGGGCACUUUACAGACGUCAGGGCAAAUUUGAAGCUGCAGAAACAUUGGAAGAAGCAGCCAUGAGGUCCCGUAAACAGGGUCUUGACAAUGUUCACAAACAGAGAGUAGCUGAAGUGCUGAAUGACCCUGAGAACAUGGAGAAGCGCAGGAGCCGGGAGAGCCUGAACGUGGACGUGGUCAAGUACGAGAGCGGCCCUGACGGAGGGGAGGAAGUGAGUAUGAGCGUAGAGUGGAACGGGGAUGGCACUGGAUCUUUAAAGCGCAGUGGUUCCUUUAGCAAACUCCGGGCUUCAAUUAGACGCAGCAGUGAGAAGCUGGUUAGGAAGCUGAAGGGAGGAAGUUCUCGAGAGAGUGAGCCAAAGAACCCCGGCAUGAAGCGUGCCAGUUCCCUGAAUGUCCUUAACGUGGGUGGCAAGGCCGCUGAAGACCAUUUCCAAGAACGAAAUACUUGUCUGGCAGACUCGCGAGCUCUGAGUGCCAGCCACACUGACCUGGCCCACUGAGGGCCGAGGCAGAGCUAGAUAAACCCCCUGAGACUAACGAAGCACUGAGACCCUCCAAGCUUUGCCACGCCCCUCACCCCGCUGCAGGGGACCCACCUCCCAGGUUGCUUCCUUUCCUAGAUAGUGCCGUCCACCAGCUCGUGGGGGUUUGUCCCGAGUUCUGUUAAGCUGGCUGCGGCGCUAGCGACCAAGAGCUGCCGACGCGUAAGCGUGAGACCGGCCAGGCAUGGUGGCCCAUGGCGGCCCACGGCGGCCCACGCGGCCCCGGCAGCUGGCUUCAGCAUGUUCAGGUCGGCUGCUGCCCACGGAUGCUUGUCCUUCCUGCCAUUACACCAGAAUCGAUUUUAUAUUUUAAUACUGUAUCAGGGCUGUAAACGGAAGCUCUGGAACUUUGCACCCUUCUAGACUAAGCAUUUGAUGAGCUCUGGCAGUGCUGCCUGGAAUUCAGAGAGUGGGUGACUUGCCAGUGGGUCUGGGUCUCUGCUGAGUCCCUGCACCUGCAGUGUGUCCCCUCCACGGCUCUGCCGGACGCUCCGCGGGCUCCUGAGCCCGCCCCUGCGGAGCCCGUUUUCCCUCUUCCGGCCCCUGAGUGCUGAGCAGGCAGAGAUGUGGGAUUUAGCUUUAAAAAGCUUUUCUUUGUAGCAUUAAGUAACACAGGGUAGGUUUUGACAGGAACAUUUCCCAGUCCCCCAGGGCCCUACCCGUGAGGGGAUGCAUGAGGCUCACGGGUGGGUUUAGAACGUCCUGAGCAGACGACAAGGGGUUUGUGGCUCCUGGUGGCAGCGGCGGUGAGAAGGGCCUCGUCCGGGCCAGUGGGCGGGAGCGUGAAGACGCAGCAGGUAGAUGAGGGGGAUCGAGAAACUCAGAGCGUCCCUGUGUAUGCUCCUGCUUGUGACCUUAAUGUUUGGUGGUGUCACCGCAAGGGUACAUGCUUUUGUUUGUCCUCAGUCACGUCUCCCUCCUGAAUUGCACUCUGCGGGGGUACGUGCUCACCGGGACUCCCUGAGGGGUCGCCCGGGGGGCCUCCACAUACUGCACGUGUCCUUCAGGGGCUGCGGCCUGGAAACUGUUCAGAAAUGUCCCAUCAUUUAAGACCACAGGAGCACGUGGCCUCGCCCGCCGGUGUUUGUGGCCGUGUGCUCGUUCCCGCCCAGGGACUGGCGCUCUGUGUCCUGCCUGCAGGUGUCCUGCCUGCAGGAGCCCUGUGUCUGGCCUCUUUCCGCAGUGCCCGGCUGGCCCGACUGGCCCAGCGUUGCAGCUCCCGAGGGACCAGGAACGGACUUUGUAAACGCUCUCCAGGGUUGGUUUACACGUGGGACGGGUUGUGAGACGCUCGAGCCAAGAGAACGCGGGAGCCGUGUCCCCGCAGAGGCCUUGUGCGCUCUGCACUAGCCCUCGAGGCGCGGGGGCUGCUGGGGCGUGGUGUGGCUGCUGGGGAGGGUCCCGGGAGCCGCCCCCUCCCCUCUGUCCCCGGUGCUCCUCGGGCCACGAAGCGAAUCCAGUGCAUUGGAAACCUACCCCGUUGCCCUUAGUGAUGCUUCCAUCUGGAGAACAUGGGGCUGAGAACGGGAUUUACCGUUACGCUCUCAGGUGGUGGAAACGGGCCACCGUGUAGGGGCCUUGGUCAAAUCGCCCCACUUGGUUCUCUGAGGGCCGAGGUUGCCUUGUGGGGCUGUGAGGAAAUGUGGCCGGGGUGAGAGAAGCCAGGCGGCCUCCUUAAAGCAGGUCGUAAGAAACCUUCCUGUCUCAGGGGACACUGCCUGGAAAUCUGUGAUUUUUGAACUUGUAUCAAAACAGAAACGAGCCUGGUUAUCACUACUUCA